AGGAGGAGCUGAAAAUGCAGAUUUAGCUUCAAGCACAGACAUACACUCACUCUUUCUCUCAGAUACACACCGCUCCCCACAUUCGCACCCUUUCCAAAGAGCCGCCUGACUAUACGGCUUCUCCGCCAGCCAGAUGCUAGAGAAGAACACAUUGAUUUGCUGCUAUCAAAGCUUCUAAUAAGUCUCUUUCUCUACAAUUUUUUUCAACAAACAAAAAACUACAUACAUAUAUUUUUUUUAAUUUGGACCUUCCCUCCUGUUACCCUACUCCGCCAGCCUGCGCGUGUCCUAGCGCCACUUUUCACUCCCAAAGAAAGAUGAAAGGUGUCUGUGUCUCCCACUGUAAGGCAAGCGCCUGGCUUCUUUUCUGUGUCAUGGUUUUUGCAUCUGCCGAGAGAGCGGUCUUCACGAAUCAUUUUCUUGUGGAGUUGCAUAAAGGAGGAGAGGAAGAAGCUCGCCAAGUUGCAGCAGAACAUGGAUUUGGAGUCCGAAAGCUCCCUUUCACUGAAGGCCUGUACCACUUUUAUCACAACGGCCUUGCAAAGGCCAAGAGAAGACGCAGCCUACACCACAAGCAGCAGCUGGAGAAAGACCCCAGGAUAAAGAUGGCCUUGCAACAGGAAGGAUUCAACCGAAAAAAGCGAGGGUAUAGAGACAUCAAUGAGAUCGACAUCAACAUGAACGAUCCUCUUUUUACAAAGCAAUGGUAUCUGAUCAACACUGGGCAAGCUGAUGGCACCCCUGGCCUGGAUCUGAAUGUGGCAGAAGCCUGGGAGCUGGGAUACACUGGAAAAGGUGUCACCAUUGGCAUUAUGGAUGAUGGGAUUGACUAUCUCCACCCGGACCUGGCCUCUAACUAUAAUGCGGAAGCGAGUUAUGACUUCAGCAGCAACGAUCCCUACCCUUAUCCCCGCUACACGGACGACUGGUUUAACAGCCACGGGACCCGCUGUGCAGGAGAAGUUUCUGCCGCAGCCAACAACAACAUCUGUGGGGUCGGAGUGGCUUACAACUCCAAGGUCGCAGGAAUCCGGAUGCUGGACCAGCCUUUCAUGACAGACAUCAUCGAGGCCUCCUCCAUCAGCCACAUGCCGCAACUGAUCGAUAUCUACAGUGCCAGCUGGGGCCCCACAGACAACGGGAAGACAGUGGAUGGGCCCAGAGAGCUCACACUCCAGGCGAUGGCCGAUGGCGUGAACAAGGGCCGAGGGGGCAAAGGCAGCAUCUACGUGUGGGCCUCCGGGGACGGUGGCAGCUACGACGACUGUAACUGUGAUGGCUACGCCUCCAGCAUGUGGACCAUCUCCAUCAACUCAGCCAUCAACGACGGCAGGACAGCGCUGUACGACGAGAGCUGCUCCUCCACCUUGGCCUCCACCUUCAGCAAUGGAAGGAAAAGGAACCCUGAGGCGGUCUCUCUCUCUCUCUCUCUCUUGCCCCCUCCCCCCCUUGUCUUUUCAUCCUCUCUGGCACUGGUAUCCAGCCUGGGUCUGACCUGGCGAGACAUGCAGCAUCUGACUGUGCUCACCUCCAAACGGAACCAGCUUCAUGACGAGGUCCACCAGUGGCGGCGUAAUGGAGUUGGCCUGGAGUUUAAUCACCUCUUUGGCUACGGUGUCCUUGACGCAGGCGCCAUGGUGAAAAUGGCUAAAGACUGGAAAACUGUGCCCGAGAGAUUCCACUGUGUGGGAGGAUCUGUGCAGGACCCUGAGAAAAUACCAUCCACCGGCAAGUUGGUGCUGACCCUCACAACCGACGCCUGUGAGGGGCAGGAAAAUUUUGUCCGCUACCUGGAGCACGUCCAAGCCGUCAUCACAGUCAACGCAAGCAGAAGAGGGGACCUGAACAUCAACAUGACUUCCCCUAUGGGCACAAAGUCCAUUUUGCUGAGCCGGCGUCCGAGGGAUGACGACUCCAAGGUGGGCUUCGACAAGUGGCCUUUCAUGACCACCCACACCUGGGGGGAAGAUGCUCGAGGAACCUGGACCCUGGAGCUGGGGUUUGUCGGCAGUGCACCCCAGAAGGGGGUGCUCAAGGAGUGGACACUGAUGCUGCAUGGCACUCAGAGCGCCCCCUACAUUGACCAAGUCGUCAGGGAUUACCAGUCCAAGCUGGCCAUGUCCAAGAAGGAGGAGCUGGAGGAAGAGCUGGAUGAAGCUGUGGAGAGAAGCCUGAAGAGCAUCCUGCGCAAGAACUAGCGCAGCGCAUCGGCCUCCCGCCUCCCUCCCUCCCCAUCUCUGCCUCUCUCCUCGCUCCACAUUUCUGUCAGCACCUAGCAAUUACUGUCAUCCCCACACAAGCGAUUCCAACUUCUUGAUCUGAAGCUUCGCUCUCUGUCAAUGAUUAUUUUCGUUACAAUGGAAGCAACCUUUUUUAUUCUAUGCCCCAAAUACAGUGUUCCCAACAACACCGAUGUCCUAAUUGUCACUCUAAGUUCUUUGUUUGUGUCAUUCAAAUAGGUGAUAUCCUGCAAAUAAAACCGGGACAGCUUUCCCCUCAAUUUUUUCAUAUCUGAGAAGAGAAGAGAAUGAAAAAAGCCACACACAGUGA